GUAAUUCACAUGGAGAAAAUAAUUUUCUGAGCUCACUUACAUCUUGUCAUUUCGAGAUGGCAAGAAAGGGUUUUUGAGGUUACGAAAACAGAAAGCCUAAAACCCUCGGCAGUCCUCACAUCUUGUCAUUUCGAAGACAAAGCCACUGCUGCUUAAUCAUCCACCCCCACCAAAUGCCAUGCCCAAACCCAACAGCCUAAGUAAUCUCUUCCGUGCCGCCUUCAAAACCACCAAUACCUCCACCGCCUCCGCUGGUGACAGAACUCGCGAAAGCUUCAUCACCAAUCUCGAAUCCAAAACACACUCUAAAAAACCCCCCAAACCAAAAACUUCCUCUGAGUCCGAAAAACAACCUAAAGCUAAAGCUAAACCUCAACCUCCUCCGUCACCUGCAGUUAAUUCUAGCCUUCAUGCUCUCAAAUUAGAAGACUCCGAUUAUGAGGAGUCAGUAGCAAACCCGACAAUGCAGGACAUAACAAAGAUUAUAAAUGAUGGUGUGAAAAUUAACACACCGGAUUCCGAAGAAGCAGAAGAUGAGGAACUUGUAAAAAAAGCUUUGGAGAUACCAUGGCUUUCAAGAUUGAAGAAUAACAAUAUAGGGAUGCUGCGAAAAGACGUGUCCCGUGAAAGGAAACAAAAAUGGGUUUUCACAUAUAGUCAGGUCAAUCAUAUUAACCGAAUUGUUGAUACAUGUGCCGACAAGCUGGGGACAGAUAAUGCGAUGGAGGUAUUUGGAAAAUUGGGAAGGGAAACAGGUUUGAAAGAGUUCAAUGCAUUGAUGAAGAAGUACAUCGAGCAAUGCAGGGAAACUGAUGAUGAGAGUGUUGCAAUGAAACAUAUUUCUGCAGUUCUUCAACUUUUUAAAUCAAUGAAGGAGCAGGGUUUCUCGAUAGAAGAGGAAACUUAUGGUCCAUUUCUUAUACUCUUAAUUGAUAAGGGUAUGGUGGAAGAAUUCCAUUUUUUCUCUGACAUUAUCAAAGAUACAAAUCCUAGUAAAAAUGCACGAUUAGGUUACUACGAUAUGCUGUUAUAUAUUGGUGUCAAUGAUGAAGAGAAGAUUCAGGAACUUUGCAAUUAUAUUUGUAUUGAUGAUGGGGACAAUAAUAUCAGUUUACGAGAAAAUUAUUUGCUGGCGCUUUGUGAAAGUGACCAGAAGAAUUACCUGUUGCAGCUCUUAGAGACUAUGGAUAUAACAAAAUUUUCAUCGUUGGACCAUUUAGCCAGUAUCUUUAAAUCCUUAGGGAGGCUAUCAUUGGAGUCCUUUGCAAAGAAGUUCCUUUUGGUGCUCAAAAGUUGUGAUUAUGGAGCAGAGGAUAUCUCAACUCUCAUCUUUAGUUAUGCUACUAGCAUCCCAAAUUUAGUGGUUGAGGAUGUUGUUUCAAAAUUCAAAACCUUGCACAUGAUAAUGAAGAUGAGUCCUUCUUCAACUUCAUAUGAGAAGCUCGUCGUAUACAAUUGUAAUUUACUUAAGGUGCAUCUUGCUCUUGAUAUAGUAGACCAAAUGUGUAAAGAGGGUUUAACCAUAUCCAUAAACACAAUACAUUCAAUAUUGAAUGCUAGUGAGGAGAGCUUUGAUUUUAAUUUGGUUCGGCGAAUCUAUUCAUUGAUUUAUCACCUGGACUUGACACCAAAUAAUGAGACAUUUAGGAGCAUGAUAAGUUUAAGUGUGAAAAUGAAAGAUUUUGAAGGUGCAUAUGGUCUGCUCGAUGAUUUGAAGAAAUUGAAUUUGGCACCAACGGCCAGCAUGUAUAAUGCUAUAAUGGGUGGAUAUUUUCGAGAGAAAAACAUUAGGGGCGCGUUGAUGGUUCUCAAGCAAAUGAAACUUGCAGAUGUGAAACCAGAUUCGUCAUCUUACAGUUAUUUGAUAAGCAACUGCAACAAUGAAGAGGAAAUUAUCAAGUAUUAUGAAGAAAUGAAGGUUGCUGGAAUUCAAGUAUCGAAGCAAAUUUUUAUGGCGCUUAUUAAUGCAUACGCAACAUGUGGGCAAUUUGAGAAGGCCAAACAGGUACUCCUAGACAAAGAGUUUCCAAUUAAACACUUAAACGAAAUUAGAAGUGUGCUCGUCUCAGCUCUUGCUUCACAUGGACAAAUGACUGAUGCCCUUAAUUUGUAUGAAGAAAUGAAGCAAGCUGGAUCCAAUCUGGAACCCAAAGCUGUCAUAAGCCUUAUAGAGCACGUUGAUUCUGAAGGAGAACAAAGCAGACUGCUUAAACUACUGGAAGAAUUGGAUGAUCAUAAUUAUUGGGUGGAUGGCUGUUUCAGAGUUAUCCUAUAUUGUAUUCGCAAUAAGGAUUUAAGGUCUGCUGUGGAUUUGCUCAAGCAACUCAAAGAUAGGUUCUCUGAUGAUGAAUUGGCAAUGGAAGUUCUGUUUGAUGAGGUUUUCUCACAAGUUGCUGAGACAGAGCCUGCAAAUGUGCGGAUAGGCAUGGACUUGCUUCAAGCCAUCAAGGAUGAGCUCGGUGCUUCACCUUCACGAAAGUGUCUUGAUUUUCUCCUUACUGCUUGUGUUAAUGCCAAGGAUUUGGGUAAUUCUCUCUUGGUUUGGAAAGAAUAUCAGGCAGCUGGGCUUCCUUACAAUGUUACGAGUUAUUUAAGGAUGUACCAGGCCCUUUUGGCAUCUGGAGGCCACGUAUCUGCAAAGGUUAUGCUAAAUAAAAUUCCAAAAGAUGAUCCCCAUGUUCGCAUUGUAAUCCAAGAAUGUCAAAGAACUUAUAUUGGGCACACUUAUAUAAAGGGAGAAAAGAAAAGAAUCAAGGAAGGAAGAAGGAAAAGGAGUGUCUGAUAAGAUAGGUUACAAUUUUGAUGGGUAUUUGAAAGAAAACAAAUCAAGGCCCUUGUAGUUGUAUCAGAUCAUUCAUUCAUAUAUUCUUUGCAAUAGUUAUUAAUAAAGAUGACAUGUUAAAGGCCA